AUGUCCACCCCGGGGUCGUGUGCCAACCAGCUGAGGAAGGAGGUCGUGCACGCUGCCGUUCCCCGGACCCCUGACGCCGUGUGUGUCCUGGCUCCCAGCAACAACCUGACGGCCAGCCGGACUGUGGAGGAGGCGGGCGCUGCUUUUGGCCGUCUGCUGGCCGCCGUCUGCACCCGCUGGCCUAAGGUCUUCGUUGCUGACUUUGUCCCACGGCUGACGGUUGAUGAGGGCUACCAGACGCUCUACCGCCAGGAGCUGCACCGGAAAAGACUUACAUUAUCCAAACGUCAUUAUGACAGCACACAGGAUGAAGUUAGAGCAUACAAAGUUAGGACAUACCAAAGUGAUGCUGUCGUUAAGAACAAAAAGAAACAGUAUCACGUGCUAAAAUACAAAAGUGAUCUUGUAUAUCAGCGUAGACAUAAACAGUACAUAGUCAAUAGAUACAACACAGACAAGGGUUAUAAGGACAGACAGAAACAGUACAUAGUCAAUAGGUACAACACACAGAGGGAUUUUAAGGACAGACAGAAACAGUACAUAGUUAAUAGGUACAACACAGAGAGGGAUUUUAAGGACAGACAGAAACAACAGACACGACUUUUAACAUCUAAAAGUCUUUAUCAAAACAUUAAAGAUAGAAUAAAAGCACAUAGAGCCGUGACAUACAAAACCGAUGACUUAGUGCGUCAUAGGAAGAAACAAUAUCAUGUUCAAAGAUAUGCAACUGAUUCUGUAUAUCAGAACAGAAAGAAACAGUACAUAGUCACUAGAUACAAUACAGAUCCACUUUUCAAACGGAAACACAGGAAAUGCGUAGUUACUAGAUACAACACGGAUCCAGCUUUUAAAAACAAACGUAAAAGGUACUAUACUGUAAGAUAUUUAGAAAAUUCUUCAUACAGAAUUAAUAAGAGACUUUAUAGUGCUAAUCUGUAUAAGUGUAACGACAUAUACAGAAAAAGAAAAUUACAAAAUAUAUAUACUAUGUAUCACACUGACCCCGACUUUAGACAGCAACACAUAGCGCGCUGCACACAACAGAAGAGGGACCGCAUACAUUUAGAUCCCUUAUACCACAUUCAACACAAGUUGCAGUGUGCACUGAGGAUCCGGAGGAGGUACAGGUACAUCUGUAGACCCUGUCACCUGAGUGUGCUGCCUGAACCAGAGCCCAGUAACGUUCAGGCAGUAACGGGAAAUGCGCAGCCUGCUGUGAGUGUCGUUCAGGUGCAGGUUGGUGGACGUGAGGCCGAGCCGGAGCUCGGUGUGCAGCAGCCAGAGCUCAGUGGUGCUGCGCAGGAGCCUCAGCUGAGCCGAGCGGAGCAGGAAGCUCAGGUCAGUGGUGCCGUUCAAGAGCCGCAGGUAAGUGAAGUUAUAGAAGCAGCAAUUUCAGCGUUCCGUGAACAGAUUCGGGACAGACCCACUUUGAUUUGUACAGUGUGUCACAGGACACUCUUUCCAAAUCAGAAAAGACUCACUUUAUCGAAACAUCAUUAUGACAGUACACUGGAUAAAGUUAGAGCAUACAAAGUUAGGACAUACCAAAGCGAUGCUGUUAUAAAGAAACAGUAUCGUGUCCAAAAAUACAAAACUGAUCUCGCCUAUCAGCGUAGACAAAAACAGUACGUUGUCAAUAGAUACAACACAGAGAAGGGUUAUAAGGAAAGACAGAAACAGUACAUAGUGAAUAGGUACAACACAGAGAGGGAUUUUAAGGACAGACAGAAACGGUACUACGUCACUAGAUACAACACAGAUCCAUCUUUUAAAGAAAAACGUAAAACGUACAAAACUCUUACAUAUUUAGAAAAUGCCUCACACAGAAUUAAUAGGAGAGUUUAUAGUAACAAUCUGUAUAAGUGUAACGACAUAUACAGAAAAAGGAAACUACAAAACAUAUACACUAUGUACCACAGUGACCCCGACUUUAGACAGCAACACAUAGCGCGCUGCACACAACAAAAGAGGGACCGCAUACAUUUAGAUCCCUUAUUCCACAUUCAACACAAGUUGCAGUGUGCACUGAGGAUCCGGAGGAGGUACAGGUACAUCUCUAGACCCUGUCACCUGAGCGUGCUGCCUGAACCAGAGCCCAAUGAUGAGGGGCAGUUGUGUGGGGAUGUUGAGGUGCUGGGUGAUGAGCAGCCCAGCACCAGUAGAGCGUGCCAGGAGGAGCAGCCGGUGCUGGAUGAGGAGCAACCCAGCACCAGCAGACAAGGUGAGUCUGACGGUGAGGAGGCCGAUGAGGAGCGACCCGGUUCCGAAGGCCCCGUGAUCAACGCCUGGAACUGCUAUGCUCCGGAGGUGGAGGCAGAUGCGCUGGAUUGUGCUGCAGAGAGAGAGCAUUUGGCCCCCGAAGAUAUUCAGGGAGAGAACGUCCCUGAAUAUCUGCCUCCCCGGCUGCUCCUCCUGGCACGCUCUACUGGUGCUGGGCUGCUCAUCACCCAGCACCUCAACAUCCCCACACAACUGCCCCUCAUCAUCUAA